UUUCCGUCUCCUCGGUUCUCAGACCACGUUUUCAGACAAAAGCCGACAGACAGACACACUUCGGAAAACACAAUGCGGUCAAGUCUCUCGUGCGAAUCUUGCCGCCGCUUACCCCCUGGUUCUACUCCCCGACUCCGCAGGCGGUCCAAGAUCAGAUGCGUCAACAGCGGAACUCCGCCGUGCACCAAAUGUGAAAAGUCCGGGAAAUUGGACUGCACCCUGACGAGGCCGCAAGUCCCGCCUACCCGGAGAGCGGCUGGACGGGCACGGAGGGCGACGGAGGAGGCACCGUCGACUUCCUUCAGUCAUGAUGUCGACUCCCAGCGGCUCCUCGUCUCGGCGCCCCAAUCGCGAGGCCCGGCGACCCCUUCAUCGGGCAUAGAGCAUCGAGAUGGCAGAGAGGAGAUGGAGGGGCACCUUGAACAGAUCCCCAAAGACGUGGUUUUCAUAGCCCUAGAAGCCUUCUGGCGGAAGUUCCCCGAACUUCGCGUCAUCCACCCUUCCUCCUUCAUGGAGUCUUUUGGAUCGACCUGCCCGAGAGAGAGCAAAGCGUUGCUGGCAACUGUCCUUGCCAUGACGAAAACCCAGAAGCCGGACUCGGAUCGUCUGAGGACGCAGAUCUUGUUUCCGAGCGAACGCUACGCGUCUUAUGCGUGCGACGUCUUGGCUGCAUGCAUACUGCAGCCGCCGGACGUAAAGGUCAUCCAGGCACUGCUUAUACUCACGCUCUAUGAAUGGGGUACUCGCGACUUUCACAAAGCUUGGAUGCACUGCGGCAUCGCCAUCCGUAUGAUGCAGCUGCUUCACAGUUCCCGGGUUGCGCCUUUCCCACUCGAGAUCCCUCGCCGCAGCGAGCCGAACAGCCUCACGCCAGCCAUCGAGACCAGGACCUUCUGGGCGUGCUUCAUCAUGGACUGUAUGGUGAGUUCGGGUACAUACAACCCGCGCGUGCUGCCGAAACCAGAGAUGCGCAAGCUCAACGUUCCACGACCGCCUACUUCCACGGAGUUUGCUCUCGGGGCAGGGUCUUCGGGCCAGCCGGAGCAUUCGGGCGAAGACGCCGCCCCAGACCCAGCAAACAGCUCUGUUUACCUCGACCUCGACCAAGGCUUUGGCAUCAUGGCGGACGGUUUCGACAUCUACUCCGACAUUAUGGCCUUUGUCUUCAACGACGGCCGCAAGGCGCCGGGCAUGUGCUUGCCCGAGAAUUGCCCCUGGGCCCCAACAUCCCCCGUGGCGUGUUGGCGUCGCAGGCUCGAGGAAUGGAGGUUGAAACAACACCCUCGGCUGCAUUAUCCCGACAACAGCGUUGCUGCGCAUGCGACGUUGGGCUACGGCGAAUCCUUCGUCUAUCUCAACCUGCUGUACUAUCAGAGCAUCGUGAUGCUUCAGAGGGAAUACUUCCCCUUUCUACCGACCAUGGACAUGACCCCCCAGGGACCGAUCGACCCGCCGAUUCUCGAAGCGGAAGCUCCUCCGGGGUGGUGGGAGCAGAGUGCAAAGGAACUGUUCGAAGCAGCCGCGCAUCUCGCGAGCAUCCUCCGAGACGCGUCGGAGUGUGGCGUGGCAGUCAUGACACCCUUUGCCGGAUUUUGCGCCUUCUCGUCCUGCUACAUCAAUCUCUAUGGCUUUAGGUUCCCGCGCAUCACAUGCGGCUAUGGCCCAAGAGCCGAAGAGCUGAUGAAUUCAAGCAUCGAAUAUCUCAAGAAGUUCCGCGAGGUCUGGGACCUCGGCGAUGGCUGGUUGAAAACAAUUCAGAAUGGGUCUCUGAUGUACCAGAGAGCAACUUCGGACAUUCAGAGGUAUCGUGGGCGGUCCCGUGUCGACUUCAGCGUGCUGCAUCAGUCCAUUCACGAGUUCCGGGUUGUGGACAGGUCGGCGCAGCACUUGGUGGAAAUCAACAACGCCGAGAGGAGCUCGAUCGGGACCGCCGAGGGAGACUCGUUGAGCGAGAAGCAGCAACAGAACGUUGGCUUCAACGCCCAGGGACUGGUCGACGCAACUGGCGCCAUGGACGAUCAAGGUCUCUGGCCGAAUUGGUGGUCGUUGAUGGAAGAUGUUGAUACUUCAGAGAUAUUCACGAUGACUUGAACAUGAUUGAUUGAGAGGAAAAUGGCACCAAGUUCCAAUGAUCAUAAACCGCUUUUUAUCAUGAAGUCUGUCUAUUGCUGUUUGCCACCAUUCU